AUGGCUGACGGAAACGACGAGGAGCGUGCGGCACUCAUCGAGUUCCCCGCUUCCAAUCCGAAUGCGGUGACGAUCUCUCGCAUCGUCAAGCGGCUUCGAGCGAUGAUUCUGACCCUGAUACCGAUUGAGGUCGAACAGCACAGUCUGACAGACGCAACGUCCAGAAUCAUUACCCCGGCUGUUAUCAACACGUUUGGAAAGGCGGCGGGCGACUUCCAGGAAGCGUUGCCGUUUUGUCUGCUGAGAGCGCGUCGAACAUUCUGGGAGCAAGCACAGAUGAGCCCUGCAGACUAUGAUGAACAUAUGGCACGAGCGACGGCUUGCGAAGUACUCGCCAGGAAACUCGUGCAUGUUGUUUCCCCUGAGCGCUUAAACCACGUGAUGUCAAAGCGCUUCAGGUAUAAGACUUGGGAUGACGAAGAAAGUGCGGCCGUCUCGGCUUUGGAGCUGGCCAUCGAUCAGCAUUGCACCAUAUUCCUGAGCUCAAAUGAGGCUCAGCAUGUAGUACAGAGCCUAUGGGAUGGAGAGUGGAUCCAGAACAACAUCGAUGACUUCAAUAUAGAAUACAUACCGUAUAACCCGCCGCAUAAUCGAACGGUCUGGCAAGCAUUAAAUCCUGAUCGCAUGUCAGUACCGCGAUAUCAAAAUUGGAUGAGGAUAUUCUUCUGGUUCUUCUUCCUCUUUGUAUACUCGCAAACUGUGCAACAGCCUCUGGAUCGACUGGACCCAAAGCACCACUUCGAUAUCUGGGAGGUCCUUCUGUACGUUCAAGCGUUUGCAUAUACCAUGGAGGAGACGAUAAAGACGUACAAGAACGUUCGAUACUAUACCUGGAAGUCUGCAUUCAACUUUUGGCUGGGCGUAUCCUUUGCCACAGAUGGCCUGCUCAUCGGCGCUUUCGUCUAUCGCAUUGCCGGAAUUGCGAGCCCCAGUCACGAAAUCAAGUUGCUCACCAUUGUCGAGUCCUUCAAGUACAUCGGGACAAUGGAGAUCUGCGUCUCUCGUAUGCUGCAGGAAUCCAGCAUCUUCUUCGCCCUUCUCGCGCUUCUUGCCGUUGGGUUCAUACAAGCUAUGUUUGCACUGGACGUCGCCGAUGGGGCCAGUGAUCAAACAGGCUGGGACAUAAUCAACUUGCUCCUACAAGCUCUCUUAGGAUCUCCGGAUUUUACAAUGUCUGUGGCCGGUGCGAGCACCUUUGGGCUCAUCUUAUUCUAUAUGUGGAAUGUGAUCACGAGCAUCAUCCUGCUAAACAUUCUUAUCUCUCUGUUCUCGUCGGCUUAUGCGGAUGUCACGGACCACGCUGAAGCGGAGUAUCUGACCUUCUUCGCUCAUAAGACGGUCGAUAUGAUCAGAGCACCGGAUAACUUCGUGUACCCAGCGCCGUUCAAUUUGAUCGAAACGUGCUUGAUCAUUCCAUGGGAGCCCUUCUUAUCAAGAGACUUCUACACAAAAAUCAAUCGCGUAAUCAUGACCGUGUUAUUCUUCAUCCCGCUCUCCAUCGUGGCUAUACACGAGUCACACCUGAACACGAAGAAGAACAGCCUCAUACGGUCGAUUUUCAACCGACUUGAGGAACCAGACGGCGACAUCGACGAGGCCCGUGAUCCGCCAUGCGAUGAGCCUCACGGGAACAUCUCGACCAUCUCGUUCGAAGAACUCGUGGCGUCCUUCCCGAAUAUCUCGCAGUCGAGCGAAGAGUCGAUUCUUGCGCAGAUCGGCCAUUUGAAGGACAGGCUGGACUACCUGGUCAUGAGACUUGAUCUCGAUUCAAAGGAAAAGGAAAAAGGGAACAAAUGAUUAUUGCUGGCGGAAGUCUAACAGCGCAUGAGUGUCGAUUAACUCCGUUGUAUUGAUAUGCACUUUCAUCCGGCUAAAUUACGUAUGCC